AAGUCACGGAAGUAUAUGCGGAGUCCACAACAAUUAUCUCACCCAAACAGCUGUACAACAUGGUUUCGACAAGAGGCGGUGCGCGAUCGGUGCCCGACGUCGCCGUUGAGAGCGAACUUUCCCUGCGAAAGAAGCCAGUUCGCAAGGCGUCCGUGAAAGCACCAGUGGAAAAGGCGAAAGCGAGCCGAACAAAGAAACAGGACACUUGCGACGAGGAAAAGCCCGUCAAACCAACAGAGAAAUCAAAAGCGACCAGGACAAAGCAACGGGGCGUCAUACCCGAGGAAGAGAAAACUGAGGCAGUGCACGCCAUAGAAGAGGGCAUCGCAGAGACCUCGCGAAGGACCACAUCGCGUGCAAAGAAGGAAGCAGACGGCAACAGCGCGCCCAAAAAGGCACCAGCCCGGUCACAGAAUAGAGCCAGUACGAAACUCAGUGCUGCUGCGAAGACUACAAAGGACACCACCAAGCAAAUCAAGGAGGCAACGGCAGCAGCUGUGGAUGAUCCUCUGGCAGAUGAUGUGCAACCUGCAAAGGCAACUCGCGCUACACGAGCGACCAGAUCAACCAGAGCCACAGUAGCGAAAGAGAAAUCCAGACCCUUGUCACCCAAAAAGAUCACGCAGGUCUCAAGAGUGACAACAAAAGUUUCAAAGACCACCAAAUCGACUUCGACGGCAGGGAAAUCUAAAGCGAUCGAUAAUGGGUCUACAGAGGUGGCGAAGAGAGUGACUCGCAAAAGGGCAUUUUCGGAUGAGAAUGCAGACAGUCUGUUAGAAUCUGGAUCGUUGUGCCAAUCACCUAUCCUCAGAGCUAAGAGACCCAGGAAGGCCAAAGCUGGGCGAGACGAGACAUUCGAGAAUGCUUUGCUGGGGUCAGCUUCGCAGGACGCAGACGCAGACAGUAAGGCAGUCGAUUUCACAGGAGAGCCGGCAAACCACGUAAUUGAAGCUCGUCUGGUUCUUCCGACGGAACUGAAUGACGUGGGAGCAGAUUACGACCUUGACACUUCGAUCGACGAACUUUGUGGGCCGACAACACCUAUGAAGCGUUGUACGCCCCACCAGCCAGCUGCAGAUAUUACGCAUGUUCAAAGCACAAGUCGGCUGCGGACACCAGUACGACGCUUCCGAGUAUUCGAUGGCCAGCUUCGAACACCAAAGACACAGCGACCAUACGCAAAGAAUGACCGAUUCGAAUUCGAUUCUGCUCAGUCGAUGACUGUCGCUCGCGCGCGUGAUCGGGCCAUGGUUUUCAGGCAGCUGGAAGCACUACCAGAGAUGCCAGACAUCGAGCAUGCGGUCGAGGACAAGCCUAUCACAGAGGACGAUCUGGAUCAGAGCAUUGCUGCGGUGAACGAACCGAGCGAGGUCAUAUACGAAUUCGAUCUGAGUGAGGUACACCCAUCACAACAGCAUGACGAAGACUAUGCGGAUUCGCAGGACACAGCUGAUUCCAGCAUCGUGUCUAUCGAGGCCGCGGAAGACCUUUCUCCUACCCAGGGUGCGCGCAAGUCGGACGACGAGGCAAUCACUUCUCCUCAAGGGCUUGCGGUUGAAGAUCUGUCUCUCUCCGAGGAUGUUGAAGAUUAUAUCGAAUUGGAAAAGACAGCUCCUGUAGUCAGUCCUGUUGAGUCUCCAGAGCAAUCGAUUGUUCCAGUCUCGCAGCCUGUGGCAUUGACGGUCAACGACCCGGCACUACAAACGCUAGUCUGGAAUAAUUUAGAGCAAAAUUCGGAAAUGUGUGUUUCAACUUUGUCGCCAUCUGGCGAAGCGACCCAGGAUGUGAUGAUGGGCCCAAUCGGCCAGACUGACGAUUCAAGCACAAUUGAGCACUCGAUCUGUCUGGAUACGCAAACACCAACCUCGUCGACUUUUCGACCUUCCUCGCACAAGAAGCACGUGGAAAGCGCACGUCAGUCCAUGGAUGCGACUGUACAUUUCAGCGAAUUCAUCGAUGCAGGAGCACUGUCUGAGACUUCGCAAUUCAUCGACUCCGUGGCUUCUAGUACCAUCGAAGAGCAAUCGGUGCACGAACCAACCUUUGGCGAAGGUCAUGAGCACGAGAAUGCUACGUCCAGUGUUGAGGCUACUCCCUUCAGCAACCGACUUCCUGACCUGUGGUCUAGCAAUUUUCAGUUCACAUUUUCAGUACCCAAGCCGCAUUUCGCAAUGUCGACAAUUUCCUCUCGCCGCAAAUCAAUGCCCUCUGCCAGCCGCCCGAUGGCUACCCAGGCCAACAGCCGACCGAAAACUUCCGACGGCUUACACAGUGCUGAGGGUUCACCUCAAGUGAUGGGAUCUUGGCUAGAUGAAGCGCGCGCUGUCGCAACACCGACAAAGCACUUUCAAUCCCAACCCGCUUCUCCUCGAAUUGACUGUAAUUCGACAAGGCGAACCCCCAAAGCCAAGACACCAACAGGCCGUAAGCUUGUCAGAGCGUGCAAGACAGAAGGACCGAAAGUCCGUCUCUCUGCGAUUCCAUCACAGGAUCUAAUGGCUGGCCUGUGUAUCACUCCUGUCAGAGCAAGACGCCAAGUCGCGACCAGUUCUUACAAUCGACAGACUAGUAUGCCUAAGACGCCCACCGCAAAGACGCCUACAGCAGAUGAGAGCACAGAUGAGGUGCACAGCAUCGAGUCUCGAAAGAGAAACUUUGACGACUAUUCUAGAACCGCAAUGCCAGCUUCACGAUUUCGGAGCCCGGUUCAGAAACCCGCACAGCGGCCUGCAAGUGCGCGCAAGCCUAUGUCAAUGCGUGAGCAAGUCAUGCGAACUUCCACAAUGCAAGGCUCACGGACACCGACCAAGACACCGCUCAAAGCACCUGCAAUGACACCAGGAUUUGUUUCCAUGACACCGCACCCUUCGGCUCCCCUGAGGGGCGUAUUCGCUCUGGUAGAGGUGUUUACCAACGAGGGCGCAUCUGCGUCGUCCAGCUUUGUUGCGCUAUUACAGCGAUUGGGUGCCAGGACGACCAAGAUUUGGAGCAGCAAGAUCACGCACGUCGUCUUCAAGGACGGUUCGCCCACUACACUACAGCGUCUUCGACUUCACAACAAGGAGGUGGCAGAGUCAGGCAACGGAGUCGAGCUUUUUUGCGUGAAUAGUCGAUGGGUUUCUGAUUGCGAUGCCGACGGCACACGUCUGGAUGAACAUGACGAAUCCUACGCGGUAGACGUAGACGAAGUCCCGAGGGCAGGCAAGCGCAGGCGCAAGAGUAUGGAGCCUUCGGCGCUGGUGGUCGUAGGUGGAAACAUUGUUCGUGAUCGCAAGAGUAGCCUUGGACGCAGCACACUCAGCCGAUUGUCCAUGAAGUGCAGCACACCUGAGCCCGAAGUCGAUAAAAUUUUCGACAUGGAGACUCCAUCGGGCUAUCGUGACGACAACGAGAAUGAACCUUGGUCGCCAAGCACUCCCGCGUACUUGGCUGAGCCCUCUUCACUGGUACAGCAAACAGCUCCCGCUAAUCGCAUCCAAAAACUGGACAUGCAGGGGACCGACAAGUUAGGUCGAGGCAGACGCCUGACUUUCUGGAAUGGUGGUGCUUGAGAUAUAAGGAAGCAUAGCAUUGACGAUGAAUGAUAAUGAUGAACGAUAAUUCAGAUUACUGACGUCUCGGCGGGAAAGCAUCUUUCUGCUUUUUCAGUUGUAAAUUUGUGGGCAUAG